AUGUAUAUUUGGGCUCCUGAAAAUGACAAGUACAAGGAAACACAUUCCAUAGCGACAUCUUUACAAAAGGGUAGAGAAGAUCAAAGGUCUCUCGUCUCUUUCGGGGAGGAUAAGACAUAUAUUUCGUCUAAAAUCUUCUUGGAAAGAGACAAAGACAUAGAAAAUGACCUAGGCCUAGUUCCAAACUCUUCACACGAUCGUCACCGUCCCAAGUUCUUCAAUGGGAGCACUACGUUUAAUACUUAUUAUUUAUAUCUUUCUACGCUUGUAGAGAAUAGAAAGUACAGUAGCUUGUUUAGAUUCUGUAUUAUACCAUACUAUGCUUCUAAGAUUGUUAUUUAUUUUUUGGUUCUUGUGUUCUUUAUCAUUAAACUUGGCUUCUGCAGUAACGGUCAUAAAAAGCAACCUGUUUCUGAGGGCUUCAUUGCUUGA